AUGUCUUGCAUGAGAGCAUUACUUCGACCUCAAGGUCUGCACCAUCAGCAUCAGCUCAUCCAACCCAGUAGAAAAGCUUUCUCAUCAUCUCAUUCCAAAAUGGUCCGAGCCGGCGUCUUCGAAGUAUCCGAAGGCGAGAACGUCUCCGACGUAGUCCAACAAGCUACCCAGCUAAUCGAUCACGGCAAAUGGGAGCUCUGCAACAACGGUAAAGGUCUUGAACGCGGCUUCAAGUUCAAGACGUUCAAGGCGACUUGGGAGUUCAUGAACGAAGUAGCAUCAGAAUGCAAAAAGACCAAACACCACCCGGAAUGGAGCAACGUCUACAACAAGACUCACAUCCGCUGGACGACGCAUAGUCCCGAAGGUCUUUCGAGUAAAGACACGCACAUGGCGACCUUUUGCGAUGAGGCUGCGAAGGAGUUCAAUGAAUUGCAGGUAGAAGUGAGUGAGUGCAAGCUAGGGAGCGACGGAAAAGUUGAAGCUGGGGAUUGUUGUACGCCGAAGAAAGCUUGA